AUGGAUGCACAAUUAUCCUUAUCAUCCCUCUUUUCUUCAUCAUCAUUUGAGCUUAAUUCCCUGCUAGCAGAAACCGAUGAAAAAGAUGACAUGUAUAAGAAAGAAGAGAUUCAUCAUUUGAAGAAUUUAUCAUCUGGGAAGCCAUUAACAAGAGGAAGAUUAUUUCCCCCACCAAUUUCUUGCUUAAAAAUAUUUAAGACAGGGAGGCCUUACACAUACCUUUCAUUCAAUGAAGAAGAUGAUAGCUUUGUCCUUGAGGAGAUACGAAUCCCUAACAGUGACAUCUUUCGUGCUAGUAGAGAAGAUGGGAGGUUGAGGCUGUUCUUUGAUCAUUCAGGGAAAGAAGAAGAAGAAGAAGAAGAAGAAGAGAAUUAA